CGUUGGCUAUCUAUCAUCUCAUAUCCAACGCGCGCUCGUGGAAUAAUUGUUAAGUAGAUUAAUGGUAUUAGUUAUUGGGACGUGAUAUGGACCUGACAUGAAUGCUUUUCCUCGGAUCGUGCCCAUUCCCGCAAGAUGUCGCUGUAAACAUUUCCCAGCAUGCUUGUCUAUAAUCGUCCAUAUUGAACAUAAAUAUGGCGCUGUUCGAAGCUUGUUCUAAACAGUUUGUCAAAGAUACGGGGCGAUCCACCCUUCGUCCAAUUCUUGAUUUAAACACGUCUACACGUAGUAGUAUUCUGUGUGUUGUAACAAAAAAAAGAAGCCGUUGGUUUUGGAAGACAGACACAUAUAAGUCUACACCUUUUACUUUGAAUGAGCUGUUAACGAAGCCAGUUCAUAUCAAAGGUCAUAUUGAAAAAUCCACCUUCAUCUCAAAUUACAAAAAUGAACCAAAGUUCCACAUCAGUGGUAAACUGGGAGGCAAGAUUGCAUCAGAGUUUGGAAUUGAUGCAUCUGCAGUAGACUCAUUUACUAUCAGCAUGGAUGUAGGAACUGUUUUGAAAAGAGAAGUCACAUGGGUUAACUUGAAGAAGGCUCUAGCAGACACAACAUUGAAUUUGGGUCAUGAAUAUGUGCAGUACAUUUGCACCAAACAGAGAAGAAGUCUGUGUAUCAUUUAUGAAACAGUUGCAACUCAAGGAGACACAGACCUUGCUUCAGAUUCUAGGGAGGAAGGUGAUGCAAGUGUUAGUACUGGCAAACCCAAGUUCUCUAUCAGCUUGAGUGGCUCGGUAGAAUUGGAACACCACCGUUCAUAUGAACUCCCCAGUAAUACAAUAUUAGGAUAUGCUUGUUAUGAAGCACAAUUUGACUUAGACACGGGAACCUUUGAGCUGGUUCUACCUGAUGCCACAGAUGGAGGAGGAGAGGUUGGCAUGAAUUAUUGUUUGUUUGAUGAACCAGAUGGACAGAAAGAUAAAGCCUUAAAAGCUGUCUUUGAUGACCUUCUGAAGUCUCCGCUACUUGGCAAGAUCAUUGGUCUCUAUAAGGAAAUUCUUUCCUAUCCACAAGCUGUUGCGCCUCUUAGGGACAUGUUGGAGAAAGCAUUAUCAGCUGUUGAAAAGAAGAAUUUUGAGCCACUUGAAAUGAAAGAAUUCCAGACCAAAGCUGGACCAGGUUAUGGACCUCUCAAGGACCUUCUACCUCUGAUAGGAUUCAACAUUGAUGAUUCAGGAGAAGGCAGUUUAACAUUCUCCCAAAGUCCUGAAGAUGGGUUGUUGCAAUGCUGCACUGCUCUUGCAGAAGCUCUUGUUGAACUCUCAGCUACUCAAUGUCAGACAUUAAAAGAAGUGACUUCCCAAUACCUGGAGCCGCUGUUGUAUCUGCUCAAAAAUACAAUGUUUGGUAAGAUGACUUCAAUAGAUGAUCCACUACUUCAAAGGCUGUGGACACAUUCAUCAAAUCCUGCCAAGAAAUUCCUUUUGUCUGUUGGAUUUGAUCAGGUUAUGGAAGGGAAUCAAAAGGUUUUGCGCCUGAAGUGGGACUUUGAACACAUCUCCCUUGAAGAUGUUUAUGUUGCAGUUUUUGUUAUGUGCACCAAGAUUUAGCACACAGAUUCAUCAUUGUGAUUCUUGAGCAGCUGACUCUUAUCAACCUGGCAGUGGGGAUCGAGGAAUCACUGUUCCUUGAUCAAGCUUGCUAAAGUUGUUAAUUCCAUGAUAAUUAUGCAGUAUCCUCUCAGAGUAAUUUCUGAAGGUUUCUCGUGCAUUAUUUAAAACAGCUGAUUGAAGACUGCGCACAUCUGUGUGGUCUGUGGUUCAACUGAACAGAGGUGAAAUAAAGAAGGAAGGGAAAGGAAAGGAAAGGAAAAAAAAAUAGAGGUAAUGUUUUGUUGGUUGUGCCUUUUCUUUAUCUAGUGGGGUUUGUGGAGCCUUGCAUUGCAAAUAACUGCCUUGCCUUUUUGAAAACAAUCAUUGACAGAGGAAAAGGUUAUAAUAUUAAUACUAAGAUUUAGUGUAAAUUAUUUGUAGUGGCACUUCUUGAUUAUUAAAAUGUAGUAGACAUUUAAAGACAUUUAAAUGUAGUAGACAUCUAAAGUAAUGAACAUAACAUGUAAAAAAAUAUUGACCUUGUUAUUUCCCUCUUUUUUGUUACUUGUUGAAGAAGCUAACAUGUAGUCAAAAUUUAGGUAUGAGUUUUCCUGUGUGGAACCUUGGUUAAAAAUCACACUUUGACUGUAUCAUACUAUUGUACAUGUAAGAAUUUUUGUGUGUGAAAAAUUGUGAAAAUAAACUAAGUUAUAGAUAAUUUGGUUUUAUCAACUAAGUUGAAAUUGGUUUCCAUGAAGAGUUAAAAAGCUGACAUUUUGAGGGUUAGCAUCAGUGCAAAUGAAGUUAUAGAUAAUUUUUUCCUCUCAAACUUUUAUUACUAUGAAAUUAAAGAUAAAAUUAUAUCAUGUACAUGAUUGUACUCAUUCUGAAUUUUGAUGUGACUUUAUCAAGUCUAAAUAAACUUUAAAUGGUUGUUAAGUUCAUCCAUGAAAUGGGGAAAUCUGUAUAGAGAUCACCAAUUUAUUGAAUUUUGUCCUGCUGAAAUUAUUUGGAAUGUGUGUGGAAAGUGACCAUGCUUGUUGCACAUAAGCAACAUUUUUUAUCCAAUAGAUUGAUUAUUUGAAGAUUGAACAUGUGACCACAGUUAAGUCUGCUUGUGUCAAAUUCCAAAAUGAACAUUUUAUGUGUUAAUAUUUGGAAAACACUAUCCAUCACAAGCUCAGUGUUUCUAAUCGUGAUUGUUGUGUCAGUUCAAUGAAUGAUUUUUUCAUUUGAAAUCAUUUCAAUCUUCGAUAAUUUAUUUGAAAAGAAUAAGUAGGGGGCAACAAGCUGUUUGAUUGGCUCUCUUGGCUGAAACAGCUUUUAUUGAUAUGAAUUCCUUAUUUUUCAAAGGUAUGUACUAGGCACUAAUGAACAGAACUGUUAAUAUGUGUCGAUGGACCAAUUUAUUUUUUCAUUCAAUUAGAUUUUAUUUAAAAAUUAUGUUCCAAAACUUUUUCCAUUUGCUGCAAUCAUUUUUAGCUCAGGUGCUAUCCAAAUUGAUUACUUUCCAUUUGAAUGGCAAAAAUUCAAAGAUUUCUAUAAAUGUAAAUGGAUGGCAAAUGGAUAGACAGAGUAAACACAAACAUGAAAAGAUUGGAGAAUAUUCCAAUUUCAGUUCUAAUUACUGUACUAUAGAGACAAACACCCUAUUAACAAUCUCUACUGUAUCAAAUGUGAAGUGAAAAAUAAAAAGUUAGCUGAA